CCUCUCCCACACCCCCUCGAAAGCCCCGAGAGCGUUGCUCGCCCUCCGCUUCACAGAACAAGCAGCACGGGGAAUGGAGCUGUCGCUCAGCGGAAACGCCCUCAAGACCUUCACCCGCUCCGUUACCUGCCUCGCACGCGUCGGCACCGAGCUCGUCCUCGUCGCUUCUCCUUCCAAGCUCGAGCUCCAUACCCUCAACUCCUCGCGCUCCGCAUACCAGACCGUCUCCUUCCACCCUGGCUCCUUCGACAUCUACAUCCUCUCCUCCACCUCCUCCUCCGUCCGAUGCAGCGUCCUCCUCAAAUCCCUCUGCUCCGUCUUCCGCACCCCCGCUGCCGCCCUCGACCGCUUCGCCGUUGCCCUCCCGUCUCCCGACGCCGCCAAGCUCCAAUGCACCCUCCAUUGCCUCAGCGGUGCGAAGAAGACGUACUGGAUCACCUGCAACGUGGAUCCUGACGUGCAGCAGCUGUCGCUUGAUAGACGGCGAUUUCCGAGCAGCCUCAUUGUUCGGCCGCGUGACCUGGCACGGUUGCUCGCUAAUUUCCAGUCAUCGCUGCAGGAGAUCACCAUUAUCGCUACUGAGACGUCAGCAGCGCCAUCAGAUUCUAGGGAUGAGAUCGGGCGGAAGGCCGUGGAGCUUCGGAGCUACAUAGAUCCUACUAAAGAUAAUAGUGAUGCGACACUGCACACACAGCUUUGGAUUGACCCGGCAGAGGAAUUUUUUCAGUAUACGCACACUGGGGAUCCGGUGGAUGUCACAUUUGGUGUGAAGGAACUGAAAGCUUUUCUAGCCUUCUGUGAGGGGUGUGAAGUGAACAUUCAUAUUUUUUUCGAAAAAGCUGGAGAACCUAUCUUAAUGGCACCAAGAUUUGGAUUUGAUGAUGCAUCAGAUUCAGACUUUGAUGCCACCUUAGUUCUUGCAACUAUGUUAGUAUCACAACUGAAUGCUGGAAGCAGUACAGAGCAACCAUCAGUUCCUCCAGUGCCACAAUUAGAACGUUCUAGGGCUGCUAACGCCUCACCAGUUUCUGACAAUCCUUCUAAUCACACCAAAAUCUGGUCAGAGCUCUCAGGUAGUGCUGCCAAGAGCUCUGAUACUAUUAGAGGUAAACAGGUUCAAGAUGAAGGAAAUCCAAGCUCUAGCAUACCAAAUGAUCAACAGACGCCUAACGUGAUAAAUGUUCCAAGAGUACCUGCUGCCCAGGAAGAUAUACUGGAUACACAGCAGCCUAUGGAAACAGAUGACAGGGACAAAACUCAGGAUAGGGCAGACAUGCAUGGGAAUCCCUAUUCACAGCAUCAUCCGAGUAAUUGGGUGGGUGCAGUUGAUGAUGAGGAUGACGACGACGACGAAGAACUAUGCGUGCAGUCCACACCUCACUACUAUGAUUGACACUAAGAACUUCUCAUCUAUUCCGUAACAUGCUCGAUAAGAAUGCCUAUUCAUCUUCGGUGUGCUUACGUUAGGACAUAGGAGUUUAGAUAUUUUAAGACAUCAUUUCUGCAUGCUGUUCAUUUCUGUGGAUUUGCAGUUUUGAGAAGAUUUGUUAUUUUUCCUGAAAACCGAAAAUUCUGGUUAUGUGAACUUUUAAACCUCGUUAUGGAAAUUUAUUUUCAUGUCA